UUUAGAGUUAUUUUGAUUUGAAAAACACUUAAAAAUGGAAUUUUAAAAAUGGAAAAUGCAAAUCUCCAUUCAUUCCAAACAAAUUAACCAACUCUUUAUCUAUGUGUUUCUUCAAUUACAAAAUUUUGAAUAAAUUCUAAUCAAUAUGGUGUAUAGAGAUUUGGUAAUGAAUUACUUACAAGUAUAGUGCCUAACAUAAAAUAUAUUGUUGUUGAACUGAGGUUCCGAAAAACCCAGAGCUAAUCUCAAGAUUUUUUUGUCGAAGCGCCUUGUGAAAAUUGUUUAAUAUAAUACAAGAGAACAAAUUAAACUGAAUAAAUAUGUCGGAACCAAUAGUGCAAUUUCGCAAAAAGUCAGAAUUUGACAGUAACAGAAACUUGAGAAAUGUGGAAAGAAAUCAUGCAAUGGAAAUCGAAAAGAAAUUGAAAAGAAUUUCGAUGGUCGAAACACCGAACCAUUACAGUAGCGAUUUGCAAUCAGCUAGUCUGCGGAGAUUCCUUUCUAUACAAUCUCUUAAACAGAGCAUCAACACAUCUACUACAUUAGCUCCAGCAACAUCAUCCGUAAGUGUAGGCAAUAUUAGUAAUUCUUUACGUUCCAAUAACAGCAGCAACACGGCAAAACAUGAACAAACAACCGUGGCAGCAACUGUUGCUGCUGCCACUACCACACCACCGGAAAAAGAGAAAAAAAGAAAGGAAGUUUCGAGUUCCAGAGUGAAAAAAUUUCAUCGCCAUUUCACUCAAGUUCCAAAGGAUGAAAAACUUAUUAAUUAUUUUUCAUGUGCCCUAGUCAGUGAUAUUUUACUGCAAGGACAUCUUUAUAUAACAGAACAGCAUUUUGCAUUUUAUUCAAAUGUUUUCGGUUAUGUUACUAAGGUUGUUAUACCUACUUCAUCAGUUACAAAAAUCUCUAAAGAAAAAACAGCCAAAAUUAUACCAAAUGCCGUCGGUGUAGCAACAGCCGACGAAAGACAUGUUUUUGCUAGUUUUAUAAGUCGAGAAUCCGCUUUUCGACUUAUGUGUAGUGUAUGUCCACCAAUGGCACCUGCAGAAGUAAUAACAAAAACACCUGCAGACAUAGAAAUCUCUGAAGAAUACUCAAUUGAAGAUGAUAGCAGUUGCUCAGUCAGCGGCAAUGAGAGUCCACCUCGCGGAUUGGCUGACAAUGAAGCUGCUAGUAACGCAGCUGAAGAAGAUGCUAGUCAAAAACUUUUAAGACGUACUGCGGGCAGUUCAAGUUUUACAGCAGGUGAUAGUAGUCAUACAACAAAGGGAAAGGGACGAGGUUCAGACAUUCCACAAAUCAACGGAUUGGGUCAUGGAAAUAUUGGUGUACGCGCUUCUGCACCACCUACCGCUCCUAUACAUACAUCAUCUGCUUCCACAUCCACCACCGGUGUAGCCGCUAGUGCAGCUACAAAUUUAACUAUGAUUAUUGCUGGUACAGCUUCUUCAACUGCAUCCACAUCUACAUCAUCAACACCAACACCUUCAACCUCAUCAUCGCCCACUACUGUUAUGGCUAAACCAAAGACAACGGUGCAGUUCGCUACUGAAAACUUUAAGUUAUUAAGUAAAAAAUUAUUAAUAAAUAUUAAGAUGCCAACAGAACAACAACUCGUAUAUUUGGGUGUUUUCCUCGCGUUGAUUCUUUCGCUAUUCUCAAUCUUCCUAUUAUAUAGAAUUUUAAAUAUUGAGGCCAAAACAAGUUUAUACAAUUCGCCAACCUCAUUUAAAUGGCGUACCGGUAAUGAUGAUGAUAUUUUCACUGAGGCUCUACGUUGGCAACAAGAACUUCAACACAAAAGCUCUGAAGAAGCUCAGCUUAUAUUAAAGAAUAAUUUAGAACAAAUUUCUAAGGUGCGACGUAGUUUGGAAACAUUAUCAGCUUUAAUCCAUGACAGAAGCUCUGCUUAUACGAACACGAUUAGUAACGAUAGUGACUGAAUUUAUUUUAUACAAAACAACUUUUUAUUUUAAGGGUACAAUAAUUAAAAUCAACAACUCUAAAAGCAAAAAAAAAGUUACAAAACACGGGCUACCAUUUCGUCGAUUAAGUUUUGAUAGAUAAUAUCCAAUAACGGUUCCUAAAUGUUUCUGGUUUCGCUAUAUACAAAUUUCUAUUAUUCCUCUAGAAAGGAUUUCUAUAUCAGCGUAUUAUAGUCUAUAAUAUUUAACUGAUUUAAGAAUUACUAUUAUAUACUUUUGUGCACAUUUCUAUAGUUAAAAGAAAAAUAAUUUUAUUUGUGCCAAAUUUUUUCUACAAAAAUAGUUAUUACAUUUAGUAUUUUUGCAAACCGUGAAAUUUCGUUUAUUUUGAAAAUAAUUUAAAUAAGAAAAAGCAAU